AUGUCAGCUCUUAGCCGAAUAGACAAAAAACAUCAUAGCAAAAGAAAUCAUACAAAUAGUGAAGAGACAAAUGAUGAGACUGUGUUAGAAAACUUAACCGAUUAUUAUCUAAGUACAUCAGGGUUUAAUUCAAAUAAAUGUGAAAAGACAAAUAACAAGACUGUGUUCGAGCUUAAUUCAAAUGAAUGUGAAAAGACAAACAACAAGACUAUUAUAUCAAAGUUUAAUUCAAAUGAAUACAAUAAGGCUGUGUUCAAAAGUUCAUCCUAUCUAAACAUCAAUCAAUUGAAUGGUUCAAAAGAGACAACUAUAUUAGAUAAUUAUUCAAUAAACUUCAAUUGUAAUAAAUUGACUUAUUCAAGUGAAUGUAAAGAGAGUAAGGCUAUACUUGAAAGAUCACCUUAUUUAAUUGAGCUACCAGAACUUGAUUGUUGCCUACAAAUUAAAAAUAGUGUCUACAAUAAAAUUUUAAACUUGAUAAAGAAAAUUAAAGACAAUAAAUUGAACACUAUUAUAAAAAUCAUUGGAAUAAAAGAAACUGAAAAGCAAAAAGCUAUAUUGGAAGCCCAACAAAAUAAGCAAGCGAAAUUAUGCUUAGAAGAUACUUGCAAUAUAAGGGGUGCUUUAGAAAAUAACUCCUCAAAUUUUAAUGAACCAGGAGAUAAAGCUUUGCUACGACUUUCUCAAGACCAACAUUUUAUAGAUUUUUUACAAAAAGCCUGUGAUGUAAAAAGAUGUUUUGGCAGACUUUACCAUCAAGUGUUGAAAAGCUUCCAUGGUCAUGAAUCAAUUAUGUUGAAUACACAGUUAUGGUCUCCAAAUGAAGUUUUGUCAUUAGCCAUGAUAUCUGAAUACUACAAAAUUCCUUGGAGUUACUCAAAAACAGAAGGUGUUUUGGCUGAUUGCCUAUACAAAAUUCAAUUUAAAAAUUAA